AUGCCCUUAGCCUUACAGUUAGUAAAGGCCUUUACUUUGGAGCUUGAAUUUCUAACUAUAGACAUCAGCAACUUACCAAACCAGUUUUUCCAUCACCGGAAAGAUUCCAGGACAACAGCAAGUAAGUGUGCAUUCAGUAGUCGCAUUCCUUGCUGAAGGUUCAAUGGUCUGGUCAGUUGGAGGAAUGCGCUAUUUACUUUGUUGUUUAAUCCUUAUCUAAAGCAACACAAUAAAAUGUAUGGGAGCUUUGAGUUUUAUAUGUUUAUAUGUCCAGCUUCCUUUUGAGACUUUGCAAUAGAAAACCAUGGUGCUUUGGAUUUUUCCUAUUAUUUUUUCCCACAGAAGAGAUAUUUCUUUGAGAGCUGAAAAUGCCAAGAAACAAUCAGACUGAAAUUACUGAAAUCCUUCUUCUAGGGUUCCAGAACCUUCAAAACCUGAGGAUUUUGCUCUUCAUUUCCAUCCUUAUUAUUUAUAUUAUAUCCCUAGCAGGAAACAUUGUGAUUAUCACAUUGAUAUCAACCCUACGCCGAUUACAUACUCCAAUGUACACUUUCCUUGGUCUCCUGUCUUCUUCUGAAAUUAUAUCCACCACCAACAUUGUUCCCAACAUGCUUGUUGUCAUAGCAGCCGACGGAAGCGUGAUGCCCUUCACUGCAUGUCUCAGUCAGUUCUACAUUUUCUCUGCCUUAACCAACACUGAAUGUUUCCUUCUUACUAUGAUGUCCUAUGACCGAUACCUGGCCAUCUGCCACCCAUUGAGAUACAAUUCCAUCAUGAACUCUAAGCUUUGCCUUCAACUAAUUAUUUGGUCUUGGGUCUUGGGUUUUACUAUAACAUUAAUCAUUCUGGUCAAUUUACUGAGCACAGGGAAUUUCUGUGGCCCCAAUACCAUCAAUCAUUUCUUCUGUGACUUGGCUCCCAUACUUAAGCUUUCUUGCUCAGAUAUGUCCUUGAUUGAAAUACAAGCUUUGCUCUUCUCUGUUCCUGUCAUCAUCAUCCCUUUUAUUUUCAUUGUUGGCUCCUAUAUAUUUAUUGCUUUUACAAUCAUGAAAAUCACUUCCACUACAGGCAGAAAAAAGACAUUUUCCACCUGCAGCUCUCACCUGGCCACUGUCUGUACCUAUUAUGGGACCUUAAUCAGCGUCUACUUGGUUCCAUCAACAGAGAACUCACCAAAUGUCAAAGUUGUGUCUUUUUUGUAUGUUAUUGUGACGCCCUUGCUCAAUCCUAUUGUGUAUAGUUUGAGAAACCAAGAUAUUAGGUCUGCAAUUACCAAAUCUAUCCUAAAGAGCUGAUAAAAUGAAAACCAGAACAAAAUCCAGUAUUCAAGAGCUUUUUAAAGAUUAUUUCAUGUUCACUAAACUUAAGAUGCUCCUUAGUCAACAUCUUGUUUUACUUCUGACCCUGAAUUCUUAUUGAUCACUUCCAGUGUCAAGGCAACACUAUUGAAAGCCUUUUUCCAAUAACCAUGCUUUUGACCCUGGACUGACACUAUGGGGCCG